GAACUCAUCCCCGCCAUUGCCUUGGGGUCGCGCGCCGAGAACGCGAUCACGAUCAUUCUAUUCUGGAAGUGGCGCUGUUAUAAAUCUGUUACACUCGCGCUCCCUUUCAGUUUCGAGAAUACACACGGUCAAAUCUAACAGCAUCACAAUGAGGAGCCUAGCGCUUGCAGUUGUCUAUUUCAUAGGGGCCAUCUGCUUAACAACCGCAUGGCGCAAGCCGGCACCGAUGACGGGCAGGAUGGUUGGCGGUGGUGACGAUUUCUACAGGAUCCUGCUGCAGGGGUUGCGCAACCCAGACGACCCUUUCCAGAAGCCGAUCAAGGACGAGGAAAAGGAGCAGUGGGUGUGCAACAAGGGCUACGACUUGGUGGACCGCGGCGAUGACAUUUGCUGUUACAAAUUCGACUCUUAUGAGGGCAGGUGCUGCACCAAGGUUGACGCCCGCAACUGUUUUCACGUGGCGCACGUCAGCCAGCACAUUAACUGACGCAAUUCAACCACCACUGCUCUCUGACUCUUUUAUUUAUUUGUUUAGUUUACUUGCCACUCAUUACCAUGAAACUCUGGGUGAAUUCAAAACUUUCAGCUGCACUUUGGUGCUUUGAAUAUUAUUUAUUCUCUAAAAUUAGACUCUUGUGAUUUUAUGUUAUUUUGGUUUACACUCAGUGAUACACUAUAUAGUUAAAUAUGUUUUAAAAUAAAAUAUAAAUCAAUUAUUUCAAAUGUC